AGAUACCGAUACCAUUGUUGAUCACGCAGCACUACGAACACCAUCUACUCGAGUAUGCUUUGAUAUCAUAUGGUACUCGAGUACAACCUGAUGCGAAAUCAUUGACGUGAGGAUUACCCCCAUCACAACCACCAGUACUGUACUGUCACCAUCACCCUUGGCCACGUUCUCCCCCCCAUCCCUCUCCCUCUCCCUGUGUCGAAGCAACCCACUUCCACUUGAAAAUCACCACCCAACCACCACCCCAACCCACGUAGUCAUCAACCACCAAACCGGUAAACAGAGAAAAAAAACUGAAAACAAAAGACAAAGAAAAAUGUCCGACCAAAAACUCAUCCCCUUCCUAAUCUCAAACCACCUCUUCCACCUCCCCGAAUCCUCCAUUCUCUCUUACCCGUACAGCAAACUUGCCGACCUGGCCGCAACCUCUUUGCCGGACGACGUAGCGAAGCUGAACCUGCCAGUGGACUCCUUCUCCAUUCUGGCAACCUACCUCUCCACGCGGGCACUACCCCCCGCAACGCUGCAUCCCGCUUCCCUUCGGGGUGUUUUCCGAACGCUCGGUAUUCCCUUCCCAGAGGUGGGGGAGGGGGGAAACCAGCACGAAGCGAGUCUGGGUAAUGGAUCGUUGAGGAAUUGGGAUAAGCAUAAUCUGGGGAGUAGGGGAAGGGAGGAAUACGAUGAGGAUGUUAGGGAGGAACUUGGAAGGUUGGAAGGGGGUCUGUUCAGUUCUAGGAGGAUUGAUGAAGAAGUCGGCGGGUUUGGAGCUCGUACUGUGUCCCCCACCGCUACUGCUACCACUACCACUGCUGCUGGUGGCGGUGGUAGUAGCAGCAGCGGAUGGGCUGGUACGCUGCCGGCAUAUCACGAACUCGCGCAUUCAUCUCCCUCAUCUGCUGCGGCUGCGGCUGCGGCUGCUGGGGAUGAGAAGAGUAGAGAGGUAGCGGGCGUCCCCGGGAUUACUACAAAGGUUGUAUCAGCAAUGAAUCAAAUGUCCCGUCGGAAGCCACGCUUGGUGGUGCUCAUUCCUGCAGACACGCACUCCCUCAGGGCCGCUGAUAAGCCCCUUUGGGCGGCCGAGCCGGAUGAGAAAGUUUCCAGCUACCUGUCUAUCCCCGAUGAGCAGAAGGGGGUAGUCCGCCUUCUUAGGCCGUGGACUGGCGAGGAGUUGGAGGAGGCUACAGCCGAUAUCUGGGAGGGUAUCAGUGGGGUCUUUGGGGAAAGUUAUAUUGUGAGGGUUGCGACGGAGGAGGUGGCCAUUCGGCAGUGCAAUGGUAUGGGAUUGUACGAGAGUGUUUCUGGGGACGCCGUUGUGGUUUGUGUUUCGCCAAAGUAG